AUGUAUUUGGAUGGGGUCGACUCAUAUGUAUUGGAGGAAGAUGUGGCUAUGAGGGCGUAUCAGACGAGGGAUACUCGAUUCAGUGGAUGCUUUGAUGGCUGCAAUUAUCAAGAUCAGCUCGGUUCGGCAUACACCAUCCUCGAUCUCUGCAACGCGUUCGAAGUAGCCGUUGACUUUCCUGAGGCAAUGGUUCCUAUUGCGAAGCGCCAGGGAUUGGAAUCUGGAAGCCGUACUGUUUCUUUGAUAGCCACCCGCUCGGCCGGUUCUACGUCAACAAGAUCUACCAGUAGGGUUACUUCCCAGACCAUAGGACGCCAGACUUUAACUGAAACUUCAUUAGGCACUACUACUACCAGUACCCCAAAAGAGACGACACCCAGUGAAACUACACCAGCCAACAACAAUAACAAUCCUACCAGUACCCCAACAGAGACAUCACUCAGCAACAAUGGUGAUCCCGCCAGUAGUUCCCCCCAUGGCGGUCUUUCAUCUGCCGCCAAAAUAGCCAUCGGUUGCGGUGUUGCAAUACCUAUUGUUAUUGUUCUCCUCAUCCUCGGCGCGGGCUUUUACUUUUGGCGUCGCAGGAGGCAAGGGAAACACAUGAGCAAAGCCGGCGAAACCGGCGAAGUGCCAGAGACGAACGAUAGAGGCCUUCCCGAGCUAAUGGCCCCCGCUGUCGACAUCAAAAAGCCCGAUCAGGUGCAAUAUAAUCCGCCCCACCAAGGUCGCCUACCCGUUGAAGCAGGCGGUGUCCCGAUUAACGAGAUGAAUUAUAAUACUGUUGAAGCAGGCGGCGCCCCAAUCAACGAGCUGCAUCAUAAUACCGUUGGGCGAAUACCAGAAAGCGAGAAGCCGUUUGAACUUCAUGGCCACACUGCACCCACUCCAGUGUACGAUUCAACUGCCCAUACAGGUGAUAAUUCUGUUUCGCCGGCACAUCGCACUUCUGCCAUUGCGAGAAAAAGCAUUCCGGCGCCAUCUGUGCCACCAGCCACGAGCUCCGCUUCGACGUUUCCCCCACCUUGGUCCGGAGGCGAUGGCGCUGGCAACUGGGAUAGUGUAGGGCAAAAUGUUUCCCCACCUCAAGAGGCAACUACUUCCAUGGAACAAUCGUCACAACGAAGUAUUCCGCAAGGGGUUACUUCGCCAGGAGGUUCCGAGGAUGCAGAGUUGAUGUCCUUGGAGUUGGAGGUUGAGCAGGUUCGACAGAGGAAAGAACGGCUACGGCAUAUGCAGGAAUUGGAGGCGAAGGAAGAAGAGCUGCUGAGGAGGAUUGAUGAGAAGAAAAAGGCCGCCAGCGGUGCUGGUGGGGCUGUUGAAAAGAGCAGUAUUAAGAUCUGUCUCACCACCUUGAAGCCUUUAGCUGCACGGUUCUUCCCGGGGCUUCUGGUAUCGAACCAAGCCGAGACGGAAUACACUUGUCCAUAUUGUAAUGGCACUCGUCUUCGAUCAGAACACUUGGACCCAGGCUUGAGUGCUAUAAAUAGAACCGCGCCGCUGAAUUCGCACAGUGACACCAGUAUCUUACCAUCUCCUGAGAAUUUCGACAUGGAGAAUCUCCCCGGCGAAGGAAGCUCUGGAGGUUUGAACGACUUUGUGUUGCCUAUUCAGAGUAACGUGGUGGAUAUCCGUGCGGGCCACGGUCAGAGUUUCGCCAGUGUCGUGAACGAAAAAGAGAAGGAACAGGGUGAUUGGGGAAGCAAAAGAUGGGAAAAUGGAAACGCGGGGCUUACAACUAUUAGAGUGGACACAGUGGUGGAGCAGAGAUUUGAGGUGGAUAGCCAUCAGGCUAGAAGGUCAUCGCCCAAGUAA